AUCAUGGCGUUCGACCCCAAGAAUGUGGACCUCACCACCGCCGAUGCCAGAGAGAUUGUAUGCUACCUACAACUAUGCGAAAAUGAAUACAAUGGUCACCUUCCCGCUCGAAUCUCGGCAGUAUUCGUCAUGCUGGUGGUAUCAACGCUUGGAGUGGCAUUCCCUUACAUUGGCAAGCAGAUGCCUAAGCUCCGCAUACCUACUCAAAUGUAUUUGUUUGCCAGAUACUUUGGCAGCGGAGUCAUCAUCUCGACUGCCUUUAUACAUUUACUGGAUCCUGCAUACGCCAACAUUGGCUCCAAUAGCUGUGUCGGCAUGACUGGAAACUGGUCUGUCUACCCCUGGGCACCAGCAAUCAUGUUGUUUUCUUGCAUGAGCAUCUUCGCCAUCGAUGUCACAGCUCAGAAAUAUGUGGCCGACAGAUAUGGCAUGAGUGUCCACACCACCAACAUCGAGAGCUUGAUUACCAAAAGCACUCCUGCAAGUACAAGUCAGGCCAUAGUACCACGCACCGAUGAAGAAGACACCGUGAACGAACAAAUGGCGGAGAAGAUAGCGUUCGCGCAACAAUUUGCUGCAUUCUCGAUUCUGGAGGCAGGCAUCGUAUGGCAUUCUGUAUUUAUCGGACUCAACUUUGGCGUUGCUGGUGAGGAGUGGUCGACGUUGUAUAUCGUCUUGAUGUUUCACCAGGCCUUUGAAGGUCUCGGCAUCGGAGCUAGACUGUCCAUGAUCCCGAUGCCUGGAAAGUACAGACGAUGGUUGCCUUGGGCCUGCAUAGUUGGGUACGGCAUCACGACACCCAUCAGCAUGGCAAUAGGGUUGGGAGUGAGAACGACUUACAAUAGCGAUGGCUACGAAGCGAAACUCAUCGCUGGAGUUUUCGAUGCUAUCAGUGCUGGUAUCCUUGUCUACAACGGACUCGUGGAGUUGCUGGCUAGAGACUUUAUCUUCGAGCCGCAGACAAAGAGUAACAGACGUCUGGCUUUCAUGAUGGGAUGUGUCUUCCUUGGAGCUCUGAUCAUGUGUAUCAUCGGUGCUUGGGCAUAG